GAUGGUCUUCUUGACCACUGCUGAUAGAGUUGGGAUAUUAUAAAAACAGAAUUGUUUUUCUUAAAAAAAAAAGAAAUAACAAAAGGCAAUGUCUGAAAAUUAAGGGAUUCAACAGUCGGGUUCGUAAAAAGAUUUGAUCGUCAAGGGUUUUUAUUCGCCCACGUAAAUCUAACUUUGGUCGUUAUAUAGCGAUUGAAGAAGUAGAAUUGAGGUCUGUUGUCGAAUUUGAUAGCUUUCUUGUGAAGAGAACAAAGGUAGAGAAGCGCCUUGUCAAUGGCAGACUUACCUAGACACCUGCGUGCUUGUUUGGAUAUGGGGAAGAUAGCUUUUUUAGCAAUCCUAGUUUCUGGAGGGAUCGUGUUGCAGAUUCUGGCUUGUGCUCUGUUCAAUAAUUGGUGGCCAAUGCUAAGUGUGAUAAUGUAUGUACUUCUCCCAAUGCCUUUACUCUUCUUCGCUGGAUCAGACAGUACAUCUCUGUUCAACGAAUCAGACAAUAGCUGGAUCAAUGCAGCCAAGUUCUUGACUGGUGCAUCAGCAGUUGGAAGCGUCGCGAUACCCGCGAUUCUAAAACACGCCGGGCUCAUCGGCUGGGGUGCGUUAGCGUUUGAUCUCUCGUCCUACGUUGUCUUCCUCGUCGCUAUUCUGAGUUACAUUUGCAUAGGAGAUGGCAGUGACAACUAUUACAGCUACAUUUAAAGAGAGAGAGAGAGAGAGAGAGAGAGAGAGAGAGAGAGAGAGAGAGAGAGAGAGAGAGAGAGAAAUUCUUCAUCAUUGGUUUCAACUUUCAAGCUCAAAGUCUCAGCCUUUUUACUACUUCCGGAAAGAAAACGUCUUGUUGCGGUUAAUCGCUCCUGAAUUAGUCACACAACUCACAAGACUUCUAUGAUUGGGUUUUUCACAAGUUUAGGUUUUUUUGUUUGUUUCAAGUGUAUGUAUGAAUGAAUUUGUUGUAAGAUGAGACUUUUACAUAUGGUUUGGUUUGGCUUUGGUGUACAGAACUGAUUAUUAUUAUUUGGGAAAAAAGUAUCAAUGUUUCCUUAUUUAUAAAUCUGUGUCAAUGGAGAACAUAA